AUGUCGCAGGCAGUUUCGAGGGCCUGCCGGUUGAGGGGGUUGGGGGUUGGGUGGGCACUUGUUAUGACUGCCUGCGUAAUCAAUGGCCAAGUGAAAUAUACCUGGAGCGGACCCGCCAUAGAGCAUUUUGAAGAUCGCCGUACACAAGCAAAGCCAGGUACUGGCCGGACGGAAGAGCUGGACGCAGCGUAUCGCGUGAGAGCCCGCGCUGAAGAGUUUCAGUUCUUCAAGCCGGGAAGGGUCUUCGCUAUGCUGUGGUCAGAAACAGCAGGGACAGGAGGAUUUUCGACUACACCUUUGGUCCCUGGGCGAUUCGGGCAACUCAUUUACAGCCAGAUUCGAACUUUCGUUGUUGUGGCAGUGAGGCAUACAUCCCACUUUGUUGAGGCAUGUUGCAUACACACGUACGGCGGUCGGGGCACGAUGAAACCUGGCUGUAAUCCUGUAGAGCACACUGCAAUGUAUCUCACUGGGACUGAGCCAAACAUUACACCCGCCGAACUCGAAAGAGGCAUGAACAAAGAACCUAUCGAGGUCGUGCCUGUUGACAAAACGCAGAAGCUCGCUCCAAUGGCUCGCGUAAGACUUGGCAAGAUUUAUUCGAUAGAGACCAACGUGAAAGUCAAGGACGUUGGUUUGGUUAGGGACGAUCAUUUGACGAAACUUAUGGACUACUGGAGGUAUGAGAUGGGCUACGACUCUCAUUUGGGCGGCUCAUGGCGGCAAGCUGAACACCAUCUUCGCUACAUAGGCUACGACAGACCCGCCUCUCAAAACGCAAAAAAGUCACGAGCCGCACAAAAGGCAACGACCAAGGCGGGUGUUGCGAUACAAGAUCACGCAGCUGUGGUCGUGGAAGGGGGAGAAGAGGUUCUGCACGAUGGCGAAGCCAAACUUCUGAAUUCUGCUAUUUUCAUAAGAGUCGAGAAUGAAGCAGCACCGCCCGUGGAUCCAAUGUCUCGGAUCAACUUCGCGAAGGUCUAUACUCUGGAAUACAACGUCAAGGUGCGUAACGUUGGCAGAAUCAUACCCGACUCGAUCUGGCGCAUGGACGAGUACUUCGUGCAGUCUACCAGGACAUGA